GGAGCGGCGCCCGAAACUCGAAGACACGAAGACACUUUGCCCGUCCACGCCCCGUCUGCUCCUCGCCCUGCACCGACCGACGACGGUCCCGCGCCCCCUUCUCCUCUCGUGCUGCUCGUCCCGCCAUGGUCGCUCAGGACCGCCCCGCCAGACGCUGAGAGACACGUCCCCAGAUUAUCCGGCGCAUACCGUCAUCCACCACUGCCCAUCAUGGCCGACACCGACACCCCCGAGAGAGCUGAGAGUCCCGUGGGUGUGGAAGCACGCGAAGAGCCACCUGCCCCAGCAGCCCCAUCACCCUCAUCUUCCCCAUCGCCAUCGCCCUCUUCCUCCGCAGACGAGACGGAGAGCAAUGCAGACGCAGGGUCCCAGCACGCAUCCAGCCAUGGCGACGACCCAGCUCCACAACAGACACUGCCAGAGCGAGAGCAGUCGUCCACGCCCGCCCUCAACGUGCCCGACGGCCCAGACGCGCCGCGGUCCUCCGAGCAGAUCCUCGACCCGCGCACCCACGUCGCGACCCGUCCGCGGACAGACUCGCAGUCGACGGUAGCCACCACCGCCACGAGACCCUCCACCAGGAGCUCGCUCGUCUUCGUCGUCACCGCCCUCGAGACAAUCGCCGCCUCCAAAGACGCGAAGAAGAACAAGAAGCUCGGCGACAGCACCAAUGCCGCCCUGGCAGCCAUCAAGACCGAGGGCGACCCGGCGCGCAUCAACCCAGAGGUGCUCUUCGAACCCCUCCAGCUCGCCACCGAAGUCUCCACCGCCCCCGUCUGCAUUGCCGCCCUGGACUGCAUCGGCAAGCUGAUCAGCUACUCCUACUUCUCCGUCCCCGCCGAGCCCCACCCCGACAACAAGGAGGCGCCGCCCCUGAUCGAGAGAGCCAUCGACACAAUAUGCGACUGCUUCCAGGGAGAAGCAACCCACCAAGACAUACAACUGCAGAUUGUCAAGUCGUUGCUCGCCGCCAUCCUCAACGACAAAAUCGUAGUGCACGGCGCAGGCUUGCUCAAGGCUGUGCGCCUGACCUACAACAUCUUUCUCCUGUCUAGGUCGAGCGCAAACCAGCAGGUAGCACAGGGCGCCCUGACGCAGAUGGUUGGCACCGUCUUCGAGAGGGUCAAAUCCAGGCUCACUGUCAAGGAAGCGCGCUUGAACCUGUCGCGAGUCUCGUUGAAUGGCAGAGGCCGCUCCGGAGACAACGUCGACGAGGAUUUCGAGGGCGACGCGCAGCCCGUCGACGGCUCCGAGCCCAAUGAAGAGGCCGAAGAGAACGAGAAUGACCCCGAUUUGGGCGAGCCAAGUGACCAGGCCGUCGUCAUGCACACUGGCCCCAAAAUCACCCUUCAGAGUUUCGAAAACAACAUGAGCUUCAACGACGAUCGCAUACACGACAACGCUCCAACCCUCGUUACGCGAAUCAAGGGCAAGCCCGGCUCGAGACACGUCUCCGGCCACGACGCAUCGUCCAAUACACAACACGAACAUGGGAACUCCGAAGAGGAGGAGGAAGACGAGAUAUUUGUCAAAGACGCCUAUCUCGUGUUUAGAGCCAUGUGUCGGCUGAGCACAAAGGGCUUGUCGGUCGAUCAUGCUACAGAUGUACGAUCACAAGGUAUGAGGUCGAAACUCCUCUCGCUGCACAUGAUUCAAACCAUCCUCCACAACAACAUUGCUGUCUUCAUCUCACCGUACGCCACCAUCAGGAGUGGCAGUGGUGAUGAGCCUACAAGUUUCAUCCAAGCAAUCAAACAGUAUCUUUGCCUAAGCUUGAGCCGCAAUGGUGCCAGCUCCGUGAAGCAAGUAUUCGAGGUGGCAUGCGAGAUCUUCUGGCAGAUGCUCAAGUACCUGCGCGUCAUGCUCAAAAAGGAGGUUGAAGUGUUCUUGAAGGAGAUAUAUCUUGCCACCUUGGACAAGAGGACCGCUCCAGCAUUCCAGAAGCAGUACAUUCUGACCAUCUUUGGGAGAUUGGCUGCAGACCCUCGAGCACUGGUCGAGGUCUACCUGAACUAUGACUGCGACCGCACUGCGCUUGAUAACAUGUACCAGCGCGUUGUCGAGCAUCUGUCAAGAAUCUCAAGCACACCAGUCACAGUCACAGCUAUCCAGCAGCAAGCGUAUCAAGAACAACGUGAGAAGCAAUCAAAACAAAUGGACUGGCAGAGUCGUGGCACAUUACCGCCUUCCCUUUCCACUGUGUCAAUGAAUGCGGCUCACGAAACCGACCAUGCGUACCCUCAGGAAUGGGCCAUGAAGCAUGAGUCCCUCGAGGCACUUGUCGAGAUAUUGCGCUCCCUGGUUAACUGGGCCGAGCAAGCUCUACCAGAAAACCCAAAGGGCCCUAACACGGACUUACGAACGUCGCUCGAUGAUCUCCGAGUAUCCUCAGAUACCCGGAGGUUUUCAGAGUCGCCAAACGUUGGUGCGGAUUCAGGCACUGUCACACCGCUUGCCGAGGACGAUUACGGCCAAUUGGAGAAAGCAAAACAACGCAAGACUGCCCUUACAAACGACCUGCGUAUGUUCAACUACAAGCCAAAGCGUGGGUUGAAGGCCUUGAUAGCAGAUGGCUUCAUUGCCUCGAACGGCCCUGAUGACAUUGCCCGAUUCUUCUACCAGAAUGAUCAGCUGGAUAAAGCUGCGCUUGGAGAGUUUCUUGGUGAAGGUGACCCUGAAAAUAUUGCCAUCAUGCAUGCAUUUGUGGAUAUCAUGGACUUCACAAAGACACGUUUCGUGGACGCUCUGAGACAAUUCUUGCAAAGCUUUCGACUUCCGGGCGAGGCGCAGAAGAUCGAUCGCUUCAUGCUUAAGUUUGCUGAGAGAUACAUUACUGGUAAUCCUAAUGCUUUCGCCAAUGCUGACACUGCAUACGUCUUGUCAUACUCGGUCAUCAUGCUCAACGUCGACCAACACAGUAAGAAGAUGAAAGGCCCACGCAUGACACCGGAAGAUUUCAACAAGAACAACCGAGGCAUCAAUGAUGGAGCGGAUCUUCCGGAAGACUACCUUCGCGGCAUUUAUGAAGAGAUUUCCCACAAUGAGAUCGUUCUGAACACUGAACAGGAGGCUGCUGCAGACAAGGGUCUGGUUUCCCAACAGCCCACCACCAGCCUAGCAAGUAUCGGACAGGCACUCACAGGCGGUGCACGAGACUUGCAACGAGAGGCUAUUGCCCAAGCGUCUGAAGCAAUGGCCAACAAGACCGAGCAGUUGUACAAACAACUCCUGCGAGCUCAGCGGAGGACAGCUGCAACACUCCCAGUGUCAAAGUUUAUUCCUGCAUCCUCCACAAAACAUAUUGGACCCAUGUUUGAAGUCACUUGGAUGCCCUUUCUGACUGCUUUGUCCGGUCAAGCACAAGACCACAAUAUUGAAGUUGUUCGAUUGUGUAUUGAAGGUAUCAAGUUGGCGAUUCGCAUCUCGUGUCUAUUUGACCUCGACAGUGCACGACAGGCCUUUGUAGGCUUUCUGUCACGCUUUACUAACCUGUAUAAUCUCAGCGAGAUGAAGGCUAAGAACAUGGAGGCACUGAAAACGCUUAUCGAGGUCGCACAUACUGAAGGUAACCUGCUGCGAGAAUCCUGGCGCCAGAUCCUCACGUGCGUCUCGCAACUUGAUCGCUUCCAGCUUAUCUCUGCUGGUGUAGACGAACGAGCUGUGCCAGAUGUCCUCAAGUCCAAUACUCCGCAGUCUCGCAAGAAUCUCAAUCCACCACCUAAUCGCCGGCGACCGACAUCACAAGCUACUAGCAUCAACUACCAAGCCGACGUAGUUGAAGAGAGCCGUUCUACAGAUAUUGUAAGAGGGGUAGAUCGUAUCUUCACCAACAGUGCGAAUCUCUCGGGUGAGGCCAUUGUCGACUUUGUCAAGGCACUCACUCAAGUUAGCUGGCAAGAAAUACAGUCGUCUGGCCAGAGCGAGUCGCCACGUACCUACAGCUUGCAAAAGCUGGUGGAGAUUAGUGGCUACAAUAUGAGUCGUGUGCGUUUCGAAUGGACCACCAUUUGGCAGAUACUAGGCGCCCAUUUCAAUGAAGUCGGCUGCCACACCAACACAAAUGUCGUCUUUUUCGCACUCAACUCGCUGCGUCAGCUGUCGAUGAAGUUUAUGGAAAUCGAGGAGCUUCCAGGUUUCAAGUUCCAAAAGGAUUUUCUCAAGCCCUUUGAGCACAUUAUCAAUAAUGCCAGCGUCGUCUCUGUCAAAGACAUGGUUUUGCGUUGUCUGAUUCAAAUGAUACAAGCUCGAGGUGAGAACAUCCGAUCUGGUUGGAAAACCAUGUUUGGUGUUUUCACUGUGGCCGCUAGGGAGCCGUACGAGGGCAUCGUCAAUCUUGCGUUCGAGAAUGUCACCCAGGUCUACAACACGCGAUUCGGCGUAGUCAUCUCUCAAGGCGCAUUCGCCGAUCUGAUCGUCUGUCUCACGGAAUUCUCAAAGAACUUCAAGUUCCAGAAAAAGUCUUUACAGGCAAUCGAGUUGCUCAAAUCUUCCGUACCCAAGAUGCUGCGGACGCCCGAGUGCUCGCUGUCUGCUCGCGCAGGUUACCUCAAAGAGUCCGACAAAGGUUCCUUGAUACCAAAACAGCCUAGCCGACAGACUCAAGAGGAACAGUUCUGGUUUCCAGUAUUGUUUGCUUUCCACGACGUUCUCAUGACAGGCGAAGAUCUUGAAGUACGGUCGCGAGCGUUGAGUUAUCUGUUCGAUACCUUGAUCAGCUAUGGCGGUGACUUCCCGCGAGAAUUCUGGGACAUGCUCUGGCGACAACUUCUCUACCCCAUCUUUAUGGUUCUCAAGUCUAAUUCCGAGAUGACCAAGGUUCUCAACCACGAAGAACUUUCUGUUUGGCUUUCCACGACCAUGAUCCAGGCGCUGCGCAACAUGAUCAAGCUCUUCACACACUUCUUCGAAUCGUUGGAGUACAUGCUUGACCGUUUCCUUGAUCUCCUUGCCCUUUGUAUCUGCCAGGAGAACGAUACCCUGGCGCGUAUUGGCAGCAAUUGUCUACAACAGCUAGUACUGCAGAACGUACAAAAGUUCAGGCCUGAACACUGGAGCCAAAUCGUCAAGGCGUUCGUGGAGUUGUUCCAAAGAACAGAAGCAUCGGCGCUGUUCUCCGCUGCUACCAGUGGCUCAUCGGCCCAUCAGACCCCAGUCAACGGAACGCGAAGCAUGUCCGACGAGCAAGUACAGAUAGAGACACCACCCGGCGAACUCUCACUGCAGACGCCCACCGAGGAACCAAAACCCGACAACGCACUAGGCAUCAACGGCCUCGUGAUGCCCCGCCGCGCCUCUCUUGUAACAUCUGAGCUAUCAAAUGAGCAACGCGCACUAUCUCUUCAUAAGUCCCAAACCCAAGACCUAGAAGACUACCGGCCGGAAACCUCCGACCUCCAACAACCCCCCAUUGUCGUCACCGCCGCCCGCCGCCGCUUCUUCAACCAAAUCAUCACAAAAUGCGUGCUCCAACUCCUCAUGAUUGAAACAGUCCAAGAGCUCUUCACAAACGAAGCAGUAUACGAGAAGAUCCCCUCAGGCGAGCUACUACGCCUGAUGUCGGUGCUCAAGAAAUCCUACCACUUCGCCAAACGCUUCAACGCGGACCGCGAUCUGAGAUCCCGACUCUUCCGCGAGGGCUUCAUGAAGCAGCCGCCGAACCUGCUCAAGCAAGAAAGCGGCUCCGCAAGCGUCUACGUCAGCAUCCUCUUCCGCAUGUACCACGACACAUCAACCGACCGCGCCGCUUCGCGCGCAGACACCGAAACCGCCCUCCUGCCCCUCUGCGAAGACAUCAUCGCCAGCUACAUCGAGCUGGACGAGGAAACCCAGCAGCGCAACAUCGUCACCUGGCGGCCCGUCGUCGUCACCGUGCUCGACGGCUACACAAACUUCCCCACGCAGGAGUUUGAGAAACACGUCGAUAUCUUCGCGCCGCUUGUUGUCGGCCUCUUGGGCACCGAGAUGGCCAGCGAUGUGCAGAGGAGCGUUCAGGCGCUGGUUAUGCGCAUCUUUGAGACGAAACUCGGCACCGAGCGUGUCUCGCUUAUGAUGCCUGUUAUGCGGAGUCCGAGGGGGAGUUUUACGGGGAGUCCUGUUGUGGGGAGGGGGGGCGGUAGGGGAGGUCGAUGA